GCACGGUCUCCUUCUGGCGCAAAUUCAGUCUCGCAUAUAGUGAACGAUAAGAAGUCCCUCAUCAGGAUAAUCUCCUUUGUUUUGCAGUACGAAUAUGGUUCUUCCCACCUUCAAGUCUUCCUCCGUCUCCGUUUGUCUCUGCCACGACUGCGGCACCACCACCUCUCGCGACACUCUGUCUAUACCUCUGGACGCCAUCAGGUCGUACAUACCCCUAACCGCCUCUCAAGCCCAAGAUGUCCAUCGCGCAAGUGAGGCGGACCUUGCGUCGAUCUCCGCAAUCGCCGAAGCUAUCUCUCGGACCCGAGUUAUCCUCGAAAAUCUGCGCGCUAAGCAGGACGCCCUCGUCGAGAGCCUGGCGCGCAAGCGCGCGCUCCUGUCGCCAAUCCGACGACUACCACUCGAGCUCCUGAGCACUAUCAUCUCUCUCGCCGUCACUCGCGCCUUCCGUCACAAGCGCGAUAGCUCGCUCGCCCUUCGUCAUCCGGUACUGCGCGUAUGCCAGCGCUGGCGUGCUCUUGCGCGCGCUACACCGCAGCUCUGGGCCGAUAUCGUCCUCUUCCCGCGAUAUGAUCACAGCUGGAGCUACACGCUUCGAGAAUGCCUGCAAUUAUCGGACCCCCUCCCUGUCGAUGUCAGAAUCAAUGAACAUUGCGCUCCGUGGCACGGCAGUGAUUUCUCUUUCGCACCCUUCCUCAAUUACGAUAAAUCCGAAUGGCAACACGCUGCAGACGCUGUGCUCAGAGCUGCGUCACGAUGGCGAUCCUUGGCUCUAGACGAAUUCGAACUUCCGAAUGAACAAAGCUCCUCCUCGCCGCCGCUCUCUGAGAUCGGAGAAGUCGACCUCACACCUGUACUCGCCAGCAACCCAAGAGUGCUUCUCGGCCAAUGUCUCGGUCUAUCUCGCUUGUAUCUCGCUAAUGUCGACCCUGCCGCUCUUCCCCUGACCUGGGCUCAACUCAGGGAGAUCUCGCUAUGGAUGGUGGCCCGGUGCUCAUCUGGUGACCUGACUACUUGCAUCGACACCCUACGUCUAUGCCCGAAUCUGCAAGUACUCGCCAUCACAGCGCGUGGCUACAGGUACCAGCAGCAGGACGAAGUUCGUCUCUGCUUUGCCAAUCUGCGCGUCCUCGAACUGCGGUAUCAUGCUUCGUGGCUCCUCGACCGCGUCAUCUUGCAGGAACUCAGACUCGCCAAUCCUCACUCGUUGACAGGCCAGGUCUACUUCCGCAGCUCACGCGACUGCGCCUGUGAUCAUCGAGGGGUUAGACAACCGGAGACGGAGGAUGCGACGAGGAUCGUCGAGAUUGAGGCGCAUGAAGCUUGUCUCGAUUUCCACUCUCGGCGCGGCGAUCCCUUCCGCCACUCGGGUAUCGGCAUAUACAAGGGAGGCACCGUCAAACUACUACAGCAUCCUCAUGAGGAGGCGGACAAGUUCCUGAUGGACCUUGCGAGGAAUCGCCUUGACUCAGCUGACUGGACGCUGUAUUACGAGGACGAGGACGUUGCGAACUAGGAGGGGAGAUUGAUCUCGACGGCGGUAGCCAAUCGCUGACAUCAGAGACCCAGUACACCGUGAAGGAUAGGGUCUGUCGCUACUUCGUACGCGCACCGAUACGAUAGCACGAAGGAUGACGACACACCUAUAUUGCCAGAUAGGCAGAUGAUGGGGACAGAUGCUGCCCGACGUUGCUCCUAAGGUAAAAGGAUAUGUACGACAAGACACCCACAGCCCAAUAGAUAUGUUGUACAUACUCUUCACGACGGGUCUUGAACACAACAUACGAGACGCAGAGCGACGAGGGAUGGGCGCUCGCCUUGCUUUAGACUGCAUACUUCGCGAUUACUUGAUGAUAUGCAUGUCGACGUUGUGAACCAG